AUCGAGUUACAUCAUUGUUAGCUAAAUUGGCGGCAAAUGUCGUUGCGUAAAUUUGAAUAAUUGCAAUUUUUCUAAUUUCGAUAGUGGAGUCGUUAAACUAUCGAUAAUUUUAUUGUACAUGGCGUACAUUAAUGGCUAACUUAUCGCUAUCAAUGCUGAUAAACACCGAUAAUAUUAUAAGGAAAAAAACUGCAAGAUUCGACUUUUAGCGUACAAAAAGAAGAAUUAAUCGAUAUCCGUUUAUAAAAUGGCAACGGGAGAUGAUAGACGCGUGGCACUAAUCACGGGUAUCACUGGACAAGAUGGUUCCUAUUUAGCAGAAUUUUUAUUAGAAAAGGGAUACAACGUACAUGGUAUUAUUAGAAGAGCGAGUUCCUUUAACACCGCUCGUAUUCAGCAUUUGUAUGCGGAUCCUAAGUGUCAUCGUCAGGGUAAAAUGAAGUUACAUUAUGGAGAUAUGACCGAUUCUAGUAGUUUGGUAAAAGUAAUCAGUUCCGUGCAACCAACUGAGAUUUAUAAUCUCGCGGCUCAAAGUCACGUUAUGGUAAGUUUUGAAGUAAGCGAGUAUACGGCAGAGGUAGACGCCGUAGGAACCGUGAGAUUACUAGACGCGAUAAGAACGUGUGGUUUAGAAAAAUCCGUAAAAUUUUAUCACGCGUCGACAUCUGAACUUUACGGAAGGGCAGUGGAAGUACCGCAGAAUGAAAAGACUCCAUUUUAUCCACGUUCCCCGUACGCAUGCGCCAAAUUGUAUAGCUUCUGGAUAGUAGUCAAUUAUAGGGAGGCUUACAAUAUGUUUGCCUGCAAUGGUAUAUUAUUCAAUCACGAAAGUCCUAGAAGAGGAGAAAAUUUUGUAACUAGAAAGGUCACAAGAUCUAUAGCAAAGAUACAUUUAGGUUUGCAAGAUGUUCUUGAAUUAGGAAAUCUUGAUGCCAAAAGGGACUGGGGUCAUGCUAAGGAUUACGUAGAAGCAAUGUGGCUUAUGCUUCAACAAUCAACGCCAGACGAUUACGUUAUAGCCACGGGGGAGACUCACAGUGUCAGAGAAUUUGUAGAGGCUGCGUUCCAACACAUCGGACGUACGAUUAAAUGGGAAGGAGAGGGAUUGAACGAAACGGGGAAAGACGCAGAUAACGAAAAAAUAUUAGUACGAGUUAACCCAAAAUACUUUCGACCUACGGAAGUUGAUGUUCUUUUGGGUGAUGCAACUAAAGCAAAGGAAAAAUUUGGAUGGAAACCGACCGUUACAUUCGAGGCGUUAGUUAAAGAUAUGAUGGAUUUCGACCUAAAUCUAAUGAGAAAAAAUCCGAACGCUUAGUGUCAUUUUAUUUUAAUCCAGAUAAUUACACAAAGAUAUGAAAAACGUCCUAUAUAUUUGCAUAUCGUGAGAUAUAUGCAACAGCUAGAUAUGAUAUAAAUAAUCCACACGUCGGUAUCACACAUUAUUGCAUUUCUACAAAGUAAGAAUAUUCAAGUUGUAAGGUAAGAAGGCUAUAGGAUCCUUUUCCAAGUAUUAUAAAUCGUACAACAAACGAAUUAGCAGGAACGAAUUGUUUAUAUACGAAGUAUAUAAGUUUCUUUUUAACUAGAAUCUACGCAAUAUAAGAUACACAAACAUUCAUUUGAUAGCAUUCGAAAGAAAAACGCAUACUCUUUUAUUAAAUGUCGUACGAGUCUCGAAUGCAUAUGUUUGCGUCCGCGGGUUGCGUGCAAGGAACCGAUGGCUGUUUAUAAAUUGAUUUAUGAUAGAGACGAAGGCUCCUUGCGAAGCGUGUACAUAAACAUAGGAUAUUUUUUAUGAAAGCUUUACAUACAAGCUGUACGCACAAACGGUAGAAGAAGAUGUGUAUCACCAUUUUAUUGUCUUCCACCAAAGUAACGGCUCUUACGUCGUAGUUUAAUUCGUACCUAAUACAUGUAACUACAAUGUAACGUAUUAUGUAUCGUACGCUAGCUUUACAUUUUAGUUAUACAUUUUAGUCUUUGUAUAUACAAGAAGAGGAAGAAGAAAAAGAAGAAGGGGAGCAACGCUACGACCGAAGAAAUGGAACACAUUCCGUCUCUCUCGAAUAAAUAGAAAUAAGAGAAAAUUAAUGGAGGAUUUACAAGGAAUAGAAGUUUAACUUUUA